GUUAACGACCCCCCCUCAACCUCACCUCACCGACAAUGAGCAAGGUUCCCGCUGUUCUCAACGCCACGGACGAGGACAUCUCGCUCCUCCUGGCUGCCAACACGCACAUUGGCACCAAGAACUGCGAGAAGGCCAUGGAGCCUUACGUCUUCAAGAGGCGCCCUGAUGGAAUCCACCUGAUCAACAUCGGCAAGACCUGGGAGAAGAUUGUCUUUGCCGCCCGUAUCCUCGCCGCCAUCGAGAACCCGGCCGACAUCUGUGUCAUCUCGGGCAGGCCCUACGGCCACCGUGCCGUGCUCAAGUACGCCGCCAACGCCGGUGCUACUGCCAUUGCCGGCCGCUUCACCCCCGGUUCGUUCACCAACUACAUCACGCGCUCGUUCAAGGAGCCCCGUGUCAUUGUCGUCACGGACCCCAGGGUGGACCACCAGGCCAUCCGUGAGGCUUCGUACGUCAACAUCCCCGUCAUUGCCUUCUGCGACACCGACGCUCCCCUCAAGCACGUCGACGUCGCCAUCCCGGGCAACAACAAGAGCAAGCACUCGAUCGGCCUCCUCUGGUGGCUCCUCUGCCGUGAGGUCCUCCGUAUCCGCGGCUCGGUCCCCCGCACCUCGGACGGCUGGGGCAUCAUGGUCGACAUGUUCUUCUACCGCGACCCCGAAGAGGUCGAGCGCGAGCAGGCCGAGGCUCUGGCUGCCAAGCAGACUGCCGCCGCCGGCAUCGCUGGUCAGGAGGGCGGCGCCGAGGUCGGCGCCCAGGACAACCUCGACUUUGCCGUCGAGGGCACCGCUGCCGCCGGUGGUCUCAACCCCGCUCUGGCUGCCAACAUCCCCACGGGCGAGAACGUCGACUGGGCCAACCAGGGCCAGAGCGUCCAGGACUGGGCUGCCGACUCGGGCCCAUCCUGGGAGGCUGGUGCCACUGCCGAGGGCGUCACUGGCGCCGCUCAGCAGCCCAGCAGCACCUGGGACUAAACCGCUCGCCCCGCGGAGAGAAAACGAGGGGGAAGGGGGGAAAUCCAACAUCUUGUCAAUGCGUCGUCUGGCCUCUAUCAUUCGGCUCUUUCGAGAGAAUGUUCCGACCCGUGGAACAUGUGCUAGAGUCCCAUAUCCGAGAGCUUGUCAUUCAUAAAAAACAAACCACCACCUUUUCCCAAAACUGCCACAUCCUCUGUACUAUGUGUCCCAAGUCAAUGUCAACGACGUUGCAUCUUCAAUUUAUUAGUAAGAAAGCACCCGACUAU